AUGGCCGCGACUGUCGGCGUCCCACAUCCCAAUAUCUCUGAGGUUUCGACCAGCCCUGGCCACAAGCGGAAGCGCGCGAGCGAGUCUGCCUCGCCCGACUCGCGCCGCAGCAAGCGCGGUGCCCCUGCCGCAACCAUGUCGGCGCCCAGCACAGAGCCCCAAGCAUUCUUGGGCGACACAGCUGCGCAUGACCAUGUCAAUGUGGAAGACUUCAGCGCUCUCGCUCAGGCUACCGCCGCCGAGCACAACGAUGCGCCCGACACAAGCAACGCCUCAAGCACCGCAGCCGCAGCAUUGAAUAUCUAUCCGUCGCUCCAUGUGCCUCAGUCGACGGAGGAGGCGUUCGCCAACCAGCCAACGCCAGAUAACCACCACGAAGACAACACGUACAACAGCCAUGCCGUCAACCAGCCGGCGCCGGAAGACUUACGGUUGCCACCGCCCCCCACAACCAUACAGCAGCCGCCGCCGAAUGGGGUGCAGCAAGAGCAGCGGUACAGUGCUCCGCCGAGCACAAAACCAGCGGUCGGCUCCGAGGAAUGGCACAAGAUGCGCAAGGAUAACCACAAGGAAGUGGAGCGUCGCCGCCGAGAGACAAUCAACGAGGGGAUCAAUGAGCUGGCCAAGAUCGUUCCAGGCUGCGAGAAGAACAAAGGUUCCAUCCUCCAGCGGGCGGUUGCCUUCAUCACGCAGCUCAAGGAGAACGAAACGCAAAAUAUUGAGAAGUGGACGCUAGAGAAGCUGCUCACAGAGCAGGCGAUCGCCGAGCUCAGCCAGUCCAACGACAAGCUCAAGCAGGAGUGCGAGCGCCUGUACAGGGAGCUUGACACGUGGAAGCAGAUUGCGCAGAAUGCCGGGCUGCAGCUGCCGCAGCAGAAGGAGGAGCCGGGGUCCAGCAGCUAG